AACAUUUUACAUGUGCGUUUCUCUAGUAAUUUGCUACUUUCUCUUAGUAGAGGGGGCAGCUUGAUUGUUGUGCUGUACUUAUGGGAUAAAAAUUAAUUUUAAUGUUGCCUUGAGUCAAACACAAUUUGGGGAGAGUUUUAAAAAUCCCCCAAAACCCAACCACAGUGCAUCUUAAAAGAUAAAUGGCAGAUGGCUUUUGCGUUACCCAUUUAAAUCACUGUUCACCAUUUUCUUCCAUUGAACAAGAUAGUUCUGUUAACAGUUUUAAUUGACGAACUACUCCAAGUUUCCCCCUGUAUAUUUUUGGUGGCCUCCCUGACCUCUGUGUGCUGCCUGUGACCUGCUGCCCACCUGGUAUUGCUCCUUUUGCACUUGGACCUACUGUGCGAUCCUAUGUUAACUCACAAGUGUUUUGAGGAGUUGGUACGACAAGGCUGACCAUGUUGCUCCUCAGAGGCAGCCUCCCUGCUGUGUGGACAGUCCUCAUGAAGUGGUUUACUGUGGAACAUCACCACUGACCUUGCAACAUUCCACUGGGGGUGAAAAACCAAAAACCACAGCAGGACACCCGCGCCGCGAGAACUCAGCCUUACCUCGGGUCGCAGUUUUGUUUUAUUUUUCGAGACAGACGUGAGGCCCGUGAUGAUUCUGUCCAUGCCUUCCACUGACCAGGAAUCCUGAGCAGCCAAUCAACUUUAAAACAUGAAGAAAUAAAAACCAGAAAAUAAUAAUAAAUAUUCUUUGGAGAGAGUUUCCAAACAUGAAUAAAAUUUAAAAAGAUACCAAGGCCCAUUCAUUGAGCUCAGUCAGGAGAUGUUUCACAAAGCAGAAGAAUUCUUUCCCAAAACAAUGGACAGUGAAAUGGAUGACAUGGACACGUCAGAUACACAGUGGGGCUGGUUUUACUUGGCAGAAUGUGGGAAGUGGCACAUGUUUCAGCCGGAUACCAACAUUCAGUGUUCAGUUAGCAGUGAAGAUAUCGAAAAAAGCUUCAAAACAAAUCCUUGUGGCUCCAUUUCUUUUACUACUUCCAAAUUCAGCUACAAGAUAGACUUUGCAGAAAUGAAGCAAAUGAAUCUCACCACUGGAAAACAGCGCUUAAUAAAAAGAGCUCCCUUUUCUAUCAGUGCUUUCAGUUACAUCUGUGAAAAUGAAGCCAUCCCUAUGCCCACACACUGGGAGAACGUGAAUACUGAAGUCCCGUAUCAGCUUAUUUCUCUGCACAACCAAACACAUGAAUAUAAUGAAGUUGCUAACCUCUUUGGGAAAACAAUGGAUCGCAACCGAAUUAAAAGAAUUCAGAGAAUUCAGAAUCUAGACUUGUGGGAGUUCUUCUGCAGGAAAAAGGCUCAGCUCAAGAAAAGGAGAGGUGUGCCUCAGAUUAAUGAACAAAUGCUAUUUCAUGGUACCAGCAGUGAAUUUGUGGAAGCAAUUUGCAUUCAUAACUUUGAUUGGAGAAUAAAUGGUAUACAUGGUGCUCUCUUUGGAAAAGGAACCUAUUUUGCUAGAGAUGCCGCUUACUCCAGUCGCUUCUGCAAAGAUGACAUAAAGCAUGGAAACACAUUCCAAAUUCAUGGUGUCAGCUUGCAACAGCGGCAUCUGUUUAGAACGUAUAAGUCUAUGUUUCUUGCUCGAGUGCUAAUUGGAGAUUACAUAAACGGAGACUCCAAAUACAUGCGACCUCCUUCCAAAGAUGGGAGCUAUGUGAAUUUAUAUGACAGCUGUGUGGAUGAUACCUGGAACCCAAAGAUCUUUGUGGUUUUUGAUGCCAACCAAAUCUAUCCUGAGUACUUGAUAGACUUUCAUUGAUUUCAUUUCCAAAUCUCAAUGGUCAAGGAAGUUUUAUUCUUUUUUGCAGGAAGAUUUGCUCCUCUGUCAUCUAGCCACUAAAUGUUAAUUAUCUGAUACUUUUGAAACAGAUAUGAAAAAAAAGUGGCCUCCAUAUAAAAAGACUUACUGAAGGUUGGUUUUUGCUGUUUUGUUUUUGUCCAUUAUUCAUAGUCUUAUCUGUUAAAAAUUGAUAUCAUUGUCAUUUUAACACCUAGGAGUAAAUGAUCCUAUUUACAAUGAAAUCAGCUGAGUCUCACUUAACAUGGUCAUUUAGAGUUAUUAAAGUUUACAUGAAUGUCGUCAGGGUAAGUGAUUUUAGUUCACGUAGACACAGCACAUACACUCAUGUUCAGAGCAUAAAAAUACAGACAUUAGUGUGUCCCUUUAGAGGAAUUGAUCCUUUGUAGACUGAACUCUGGUGUCAUUGUCUGCCAGUCAACAUGUUGCUUUGUUGGUCUUCUGAAGGUGUGGUUUAACCGGAAACACUCAUAGUGGGUGGAGAGAAAUCAGAACAACAUUACUGGCAGUGCUGCCAAACAAGCUGGGUGCCCCGUUGCCUUAGAAUAGCAGGUUGAUCCUCGUACUUGCUCAUGGCCUCCUCUUCUCUCUUCCUUCUGAGUUGACAGUUGCUGUAGACUGUAACUAACCUAUUGUUCCUCCACCUGGGCUCUUGAAUUCUGCAAGACUGGCUGUGAAAGCUGUUUAUUCCAUCUUCAAAAUGAAAUUUUUAUUCAAAACACUUAUUUUCCCUUUGUUUUGGAGUCCCUACAGUGACCACUUCUAAGGUGUUUUUAUUUGCUCCCCCAGAGCACACAGUUAUUCAACAAUGAUUUUUAAAAUUCACAUUACUAAGUUGUAUCUCCCUCUUUUUUUUAUUUUAGAUUAUUUAUUUAUCUGAAAAUCAGAAUUACAGAGAGAGAGAGAGAGAGAGAGAGAGAGAAAACUCUUCCAUCCACUAGGUCACUCCCCAAAUGGCUGCAACAGCCAGGGCUGGGCCAGGCCAAAGCCAGGAACCAGGAGCUUCAUCCAGGUCUCCCACAUGGGUGCAAGGAACCAUCUUCCACUGCUUUCCCACGCACAUUAGCAGGGAGCUGGAUCAGAAGUGGAGCAGCCAGGACUUGAACUGGCACCCAUAUGGGGUGCCUGCACUGCAGAUGAUGGCUUAACCCAGUGUUCCACAGCGCCAGCCCCAUCCCUAUUUUAAAUCAUUGCAGGAAGCAUAGAAUCUUUGGAACAAAUUUUCUUUUUUUGAGUGGCAAUUGACUACUAAAUCUAGAAAAGUUGGAUACAAUGCAUAAUCUUAUUUAUGGAAAUUUAUUUAUUUAUUCCAUCUGUUUUGUUAUUCUCUUAUAAAGAAGAGUAAAUCAUAUUGGAACAGCUUCCUGCAUCUAAUGGUCUUCUAGCAGGGGCUAGAGAGCUGCUCAGUAGGAAUGUUAUACAGUUAAUGCAAGUAUCCUAUGGAGAAUUGCUGUAUAAUUGUUAAAAAGUCUUUUGAACAUUGAUUUUCCAUAAUUCUACAUGAAAAAGAGAGCACUGGUAUCAAGCCUGUACCUGAAAGCCUUUUUUUUAAUUAAAAAUUUUUUAAUGUUUAUUUUAUUUAUUUAAAAGAGAGGUGGGGUGGGGAGGAGGUCUUCCAUCUGUUGGUUCGCUGCCCAAAUGGCUGCAAUGGCCAAGGCUGGGCCUCUCUGAAGCUAGGAGCCAGGAGCUUCUUAGAAGUCUCCCCUUUGGGUGCAGGGGCCCAAGCACUUGGGCCAUCAUCUGCUGCUUCCCCAAACCAUAGCAGGAAGCUGGAUCAGAAGUGGAGCCCUAGGACUUGAACCUGUGCUCAUAUGGGAUGCCAGUGUCACAGGCGGUGGCCUAACUUGUUAUGUCACAAUGCCGGCCCCUAGAAAACCUUUCUGUUACUCUUUCUGGUACUAGAUUUUCUCUUUGUUACACUCAUCCCAUUUUGACUGAGUUAGGAACUUAACUCCUAAAAAACAAUUCUUUAUAUAUCCAUGCCUGUAUUUUUUGUUCAAUCAUUUGAAUUGGGAAGGCAUCAUGGGAUUAGGAAUGGUAAUUCUUUAGGUGUUAUAUACCCCAAAACUUGUUUUACAAUGCAGAAUACCUGUAAUUGUGCAGAGGAAGGUAAAUAGUACAUAAGAUACUGCUUGUAGGGUACUUUGAGACAAAGUGGCAAGGGAUUUCUUGGCUCAGAUGUGCAGACUAGCUGCCAGUUUAGAUAAGUACUGUGAAUAUUUAGAAAGAGCAUAUUUUAAAAACAUGCAGCGAUCAGCAUGAAAAUAUUUGGAGGCAGUGUCAGUAGGCUACCUUGUGAGAGGUAGGACAAUGGCUCUAGGCUCAUUCGCAAGCAAUAAUGUUGGGGAAUUAGAAAUUCAGAUUUUAAAAAUCUUUUUGUUCUAUUUCUUAUUUACAUAUAAAAAAGUUCCCUCUUCAACAUGGCUUUUUUUCUUUCUUUCAGUUUAACAUGUGUACCUCUCUCAGCACAUGGAUAAGUAACUUUUGUAACAUUGAGAAUUGUUUUCUUUUAGAUGUGGCACAGAUCUUAUCUCAAAGUGACUAGCAGCCCAGAGUUAAGUAUUUGCAAGGCAGUGGAAACUUACUCACAUACUUGGUUUAUAUAGAGUAGAGUGCCCUGCAGUAGCCAUUGUGAGAAAGUGGUGUACUGUUGCUCUUGUCUGAGCUCGUACUGUGGGUUAGUUACCCCUUUAUGGGAAAGAAUUGAUUUUGGUACCUGUUUUAAAAUACAAUAAUGUUGAGUUAACCUAAUGUUACAUUGUAUUUCUUUGCUUUGAUCAGUAGAUUGAGUUGAGAAUCAUGUGAUGGUAUAUAAGAAGACUGGACACACAGCCGUUUGCGUUCUUUCCCUCUGGCCAUCACGUAGUGUGGGUGGGAGAGUGAAGGGAAGCCAUUCCAGAUUAAUGAUAAGUAGUUUUAAAAACUCUGCGUUGAAUAAUUGCCAGCUGGUAAUGACUUUUAUUUUUUACUUUGGUGAUAUUAGCCUCAGGGUAAAAAAAAAUGGGUUUAUAAAAAGUUUCAUAAAUCUUUUAAGUUACAAACAAGAAGGUUUUGUAUUUGCAUAAAAUUUCAUUUAUAGAGUGUUGUUAGUAAUGAUAAUAAAGAAUUUAGAGCCGUUUUUGAUACGUGAAUAUGUUUGUUUGACCUGUGGUGAUUAAAGCUUUGCGUAGCCAGUCUGGGUUGUCUGUAUGCCCCAUGUUUCUGUGGUUUUUGUGUCCCAUCUCCACCUUGCAUUUUCAGUACUAAACUGUCAGCUCAAACUCAGUGGACCCUGAAAAAAUUUGUUGCCUGUGACUCUCCUAUCCCCAUUUAGAAAUGGGGGAGGUCUCUUGUUCUCAGUCUGAAUCAUCAUGAGCCAACCUGUGGGGAAGAUCAUUUAUUCUGUGCUAUUGAAAA